AUGGACAAAUCGACCACUAAACCACCAUGUGUCCAUCGUUUUGUUAAUCAGCAAACUGGUAAAUGUUUGCAUUGUGGUUCUAUGCAACUUGUCAAAGAACCAAAGCUUCCUGACCAUGAAUAUCUGUCGAAUGAAGCCAAUCAUAGUUCUUUGGAACUUGAACAUUACGAACGCUUAGUAUUAAUGCUUGACGAGUGGAAGAAAACGAUGACGAACCGAAUUGAAUUAUUGUACAAAUCUAAACUUGAACGAUUACGUGAUGAUUUCGAACAACAACAAGCGAUUCGCCGUCGCAUUCAAACCGAAAAAAAUCAGAUUGAAACUCAACUGGAAACUGAAAGUGAACAUAUUGAAUUAACGAAUAUCCAUUUUCAAUUGAAAACUUCUGUAUCUGUUGACACGGAAUAUACCCUAAUGGCUGCAUCACCGGAAACAGUUCUUAUACAUGAUGGUCGAGUCUUUAAAUUAUUCGAUCAAAAUCUCCGUCCAUUAGUUGCUCUAGAUCUAACAACUUCGAUGCGUGAACGUUCGAAAGUUGUUGAUCUAUGUUAUGUCUCAUAUUUGUCGUCCUAUUUAAUUCUUUAUGAACAAGGUCUAUGGACAUUCCAACCAGGUUCCAAUGCUAAUUUAGUAACGUCGAUCAAACGUCGAGGUUACUUAUCCUUAACAACAAAUACCAAAGAUUUGUUUAUGCUUGACACUGACGGCAUCAUUGAACAACGUUCGCUUGUGUCAUGGGCAUUUCUUCGUCGUUAUACCAAACAACAUCUCUUAAAUGAUUAUAUCAACGAUCAACUACUAUCCAUACGGUUUCAUUCAACUGAUCACACAAGUCUAGCCAUUAUCGUGCGAUCAACAAACAAUCGUCGAUGCUUGAUGAUGUAUCAACAUUACGGUUCGAAUACAUUCAAAUUGUUGGAUCGUAUUCUUUUUCCGAAUGUCAAUAUUUAUACCAUCGCAUCUAUGCAUAUGUCACAUGUUUGGUUAGCGACAACAUGUGAGAAACAAGCGUUCUUCUUCAUUGAUAUUAAACGUGACUAUCAUCAACGAGAUCAACAACAAAUUUGGCUCGAAUGUGAUUUCGAUUAUCGAAUUAAGAAUGCUAUCGAAUUUGGUAACAAUCAACGCAAUAUCAUUAUUCGAUCGAUUCGGCCCAGUCAAAUGAGGCUCUGUCAGUUUUGA